GCUUGGUGUCAGGAGAGGAAAAUCAUGGCCAUGGUGAUGGCCAUGGCGAUGGCGAUGGCGAUGGCGACGGCGACGGUGAGGACAACGAGAGGCGGCGACGACCAGUUGGUCGAAGAUCAACAUUUGACUUGGUUCGUCGUCGCUCGGCCAGCAGGUGACAAUUGGCUGCGGUGGUCGUCGAGCAGUCGCUGA